CCACAACACCUGUUGGUGACAGCUUGGAGACAAUGAAGGAAGAGGAGGAAAGGCCGCCAUUUCCCAGGGAUGCAGAGCCCGCCAAGCUGAGGCUUCGGAGGGAGCUGGGGCUGGCCAGCGCUGUGUCGCUGAUCGCAGGCUGCAUGAUUGGCGCAGGGAUCUUUAUGAAUCCUCAACAUGUCCUCUACCAGAUGGGGAGCCCCGGGGGGAGCCUGCUCAUCUGGGCUGCCUGCGGCAUCCUGGCCACCCUGGGAGCACUGUGCUAUGCGGAGCUGGGCACACUCAUCACCGAGUCUGGCGGGGACUACAUCUACAUCCUCAGGACCUUCGGGUCCCUCCCUGCCUUCCUGGUGAUUUACGUAUCCAUCUUGUUGGUCAGACCCGCUGCCAUUGCUGCUAUGUCAUUGACCUUCGCAGAAUACGUCGCGGCUCCCUUCUACCCUGGCUGCACCUCGCUGCCCGAGGUGCUGGUCAAAUGUGUGGCAUCUGCCUGCAUCAUGAUCCUCACCUUGGUCAACUGCCGGAGCGUGAGGCUGGCCACUGGGAUCACGAAUUUGUGCACCUUAGCCAAGGUCUUGGCGCUGCUGGUCAUCAUUGGCGGAGGGCUCUGGGUCCUGGUCCAGGGUCACAUGGGGGAGACCCUCCAGAACGCCUUUGCAGGUACCACCCAGCAGCUGGGAAGCAUCAGCAUCGCCUUCUACCAGGGCCUCUGGUCUUUCAAUGGGUGGAACAAUUUGAAUUUGGUGACCGAAGAGCUCAGGAACGCAGACAAGACCCUGGUGCGGGCCUUAGUGAUCUCCAUCCCCCUGGUCACUGGCCUCUACAUACUGGUAAACCUGAGCUACAUGGUGGUCAUGAGUCCCAGCGAUAUCCGGGACUCCAGCGCUCUGGCCGUCACCUGGGGGAAUCAAAUCCUGGGAGACUGGGCCUGGCUGGUGCCGGUGUCAGUGGCUCUCUCCACAUUUGGGUCAGUAAACGGAGCGUUUUUCAGCGGGAGCCGCGUGUGCUAUGUUGCCGCCAGGGAGGGGCACAUGCCAGGUAUCCUGUCCAUGGCCCAUAUCCAACAUCUCACCCCUUCUCCAGCUCUGACAUUCACGUCCGUAGUGGCCCUGAUCAUGAUCAUCCCUGGAAACUUCAGCAGCAUUGUCAACUUUUGCAGCUUUAUAUUAUGGAUGAUUCACGGAACUACCAUCAGCUGCCUUCUUUAUCUGAAAGUUAAGAAGAAGGACCUGCCAAGAUCAUACAAGGUCCCCAUCGUCAUCCCGGUCAUCAUGCUGCUGGCCUCCAUCUACCUGGUCCUAGCCCCCAUCAUUGACCAACCACAGAUGGAAUUCCUCUACGUCUUCCUGUUCACGCUCAGUGGUCUCGUGUUGUAUUUCCCCAUCAUUUACUUUGGAUACCAGCCCCAGUUCUUGCAGGAGGCGACAGUACAGCUUCAGCUCUUCCUAGAAGUGGCUCCAACCACGAAGAAUGUGGACUGAUGGCCACUGGGCCACUCUUCAUAUCUUGUCACGUCUCUUGGCUUAAUAGUUUUAUUUUUUAUUGUAAGCUUAGUGAAUGUGGAUGGUUUUAUAUACAAAGGAUAGAAAAGAAAGCUGUAUGUGAAAUUGUGAACUUUGGUUACAUAUGAUUGUGCGUAUGUGUGUACAUGUUAAAUGUUGUCAACAAAACUUCCCUGCUCAUCCCUUUCUGAACUUCUGCUCUCUUCAUUAUAUAUUUUUAAAAGUUA